AGCCAUCUCUCCAGCCCUGAAUAUUUCUAUUCAUUAAUAUUUAUUUAGAUUAUAGCCUUUUAUUAUUUUUCAUUUAUCGGAUUACAUUCUUUCGCCAUUCUUUCCCAUUCAGUUUAUGCACGCUCUUCGUUGAGCAGACAGAAGUAUGACUUCCCUCCCUUGAUUGAAGUACCCAGAUAAUAUGGAUAAGCAAACCGCGCCACUCACUGGCCCCGCCCUCUGCGUGCCACGUGUCGCUAAGGCCACCCCCAACCCGGCUGUUUUCCUAGAUGCCUAUUUGCGAGUCCCCACCUACUCAAUAGGAGCUGCCUAUCCGCCGGCCCAGGGCCACAGGCCGCUGAAGCCCCUAUAUAGGGCUGUUUCCGGAGAUGCCUGUGUGCGGGCGGCAGGCGAGGCACCGCCCUUCGUCCCGCUGUCGGGCCUCGGGGCAAGAGCGCGGCACGGGACUGUGCGCGCGGCGCUUCAGGCAUCGCGGCGGGCAGCCCGGGCUCCGGUGCGCCGCGGGUGUGGGAAGACCCCGGCGCCAGCCGUGGCGCAAGGGCCGGUGGACGCGGCAGUGGCGACAGCGACGAGUCCGCUGCUUGUCUGUGGGUCGCACUUCCUCGUCGGUGCUCCGGGACUGACUGAUUGUAGGGCAGCCGGCGCCAUGUCUGUGAGCGAGAUCUUCGUGGAGCUCCAGGGCUUUUUGGCUGCCGAGCAGGACAUCCGAGAGGAAAUACGAAAAGUUGUACAGAGUUUAGAACAAACUGCUCGAGAGAUUUUGACCCUACUUCAAGGGGUCCAUCAGGGUACUGGAUUUCAGGACAUUCCAAAGAGGUGCUUGAAAGCUCGAGAACAUUUCAGUACAGUAAAAACACAUCUAACAUCCCUGAAGACCAAGUUCCCCGCUGAGCAGUAUUACAGGUUUCAUGAGCACUGGCGGUUCGUGCUCCAGCGCCUGGUCUUCCUGGCAGCCUUUGUGGUGUACUUGGAAACAGAGACCCUAGUGACCCGAGAGGCCGUUACGGAGAUUCUUGGCAUUGAACCAGAUCGGGAAAAAGGGUUUCAUCUGGAUGUGGAAGAUUAUCUCUCAGGAGUUUUAAUUCUUGCCAGUGAACUGUCGAGGCUGUCUGUCAACAGUGUCACUGCUGGAGACUACUCUCGGCCCCUUCACAUCUCUACUUUCAUCAAUGAGCUGGAUUCUGGUUUUCGCCUUCUCAAUCUGAAAAAUGACUCCCUGAGGAAACGCUACGACGGCUUGAAGUACGAUGUGAAGAAAGUAGAGGAGGUGGUCUAUGACCUUUCUAUCCGAGGCUUCAAUAAGGAGACAGCAGCAGCUUGUGGUGAAAAAUAGGAGCUUUUCCCUGGGGCUGGCCUUGCUGGCGCUGCAGUUGCCAGGGAGGGCUAGCUCAGUGCCUCUUCCUGUAGUUAGCACACCAGUUGCUAAACACUGCGCUUUAUUUUCGUAACCAGCUGUGUGCUGUGAGUGUCAGAAUUGAAAUACUUUUGGAUCUAAACAAAAACAAAAACAAAAACAAAAAAAAGAAAAAAAAAGAAAAAGAAACCUUUCCACGGAUUUUUUUUUUUUUUUUUGUGUUGAUGUUUCAGUGCACUUGCCGUGCCGUGUUGUUGUUGUAUUACCAUUUUGUCAACAGUGUAAAUGUUGGUCCCUUGGUAAAAGUCCUUUCUUGCUUACCUGACUGUUGAUGUACUGACCGACAGGUUUGUUGUCUUGUUUGUAAUUUCUCCCACAAGUAAACAAUGAUGUGUUCUAGGUCCAGAUUAGUCCUCCAUUUCCAGCUGUAGCCUGGUGCAGGAUGAGAGUAAAAUGGUUGACAAGCAAGGGAACUUUAUUUCCCCCAUCUUAUGUUAAGUCUUGUAAGUUAGUUGAAUUUUUUGCCUAGGAAAUUUGAGGCCCCGAUUCUCUACCUGCUACUAAAAUAGAGCAGAUGAAACUGUACAGUCCAACCCAGCAAAGUCAAGGUAGAAAGAGCCACUGGAAAAGCGUUGUGGUGAAAAGCGUGCGGCUUGUGUUGGGUUAGAACAUCUGUUUUCUGACGCCAUCUCACAUCUCGACUGCAGUAGCAGUUAGUCUUUACACCUGCCUAGAGCUAACACCUGUGCGCUAUAUCUGUAAACUCGGAGACCUUUUCCCAGCAGCCAACUAGAACUGGUCUGGGAGUAGAAAGCCAUCCUCAUGUAUUCACUCAUCUGUACUGAGGAGUGUGUUCUUAGAGAAAUCAGUGCUGUUUGGAUUAGAAGAAAGUAAAAUUUGGCUUUAAAAAUUCAUGUGAUUGGCAGUAUUUUUUGGAAUAAGAAAUUGAAGGUUGUGAUUCUGUCAGUACAUUUAAAAUGAAAAGUUUAGGGUAGUCAUGUAAACUUUGUGGGCACCUCUAUCCCCUCUCCUUUUCAGAUAGCGUAAGAUUUCAUAUGUGGCCAUUCUUGGCGUAGAACUGAAAUUAUUAAAGUCAAGGCUGGUGAUGUAGCUUUUAGUGAUAGACUUGCUUGGCAGGUGUGAGGCAAUGGUCCAUCCUAGGACUUCAAAAAACUGAAAGAAAAAAAGAAAAAAAAAACCAAACAAAAAUCGUGUAGUUUUUUUGCACCCUCUGACAGGAAGCUGCUGCCAUUACUAGUGUAAUAGGAAGUAUUCGGGGUGUCACCCUUUCUUGCUUGGUAGCAUUUUGGGCUUCAUGUUUGUGCAGUGGGAUCUUUGACACUGACUUUUAUUAGGCCACGGUUAAAGACUAACUGGAAAGUGGGGCCUGAAAGUGCAGGCUUGUGCUCCCAGGUACACAGGAGGCUGAGGCAGGAGGUUGGCAAAUUCAAGCCUGUCUAAUUGAGUGAGAUCCUGUGGCCAAAACACCAAUCAAAAAUGCUGGGGGUAUGUUUCAGUGACUUCCCCUCGCAUGUUUGAGGGCUUGUGUUUAACCCUUCGUUGUGCAGCAGUGUGGCAGGAGGCUGACUCUAAUUUCCCAUCUUGAGGAAUGAGCUGUGAUGGCUGUAUAUUGUUGGACAAGUAGACUAGCUUUCUUCAUGGUUCUUUUCGCAGGGUUAGAAUAAGGUAUUAGGCUAUUUUUGUUAGUUUAUCAUUUGAGACAGGGUUUUGCUGGUAGUCCAGGCUGGCCUGGAACUCACACCUCUGUUUCCGUUUCCUGAGUACAGGAUUAGACUCUUGAAAGUGUCUGGGAAGGUGGAAGGCUUUUCAGCUGCACGGUCAGUUAGAGACAGGAAGUUCCACAGGCUCUUGCUUUAUUGUUUAAGUGUGGGUUCUGCUAGACAUCAUUAAAGCUCUUGUCAAAAGUUUCCUAUUUUCCUCUAGAGACAGAGGUGAUGUCCUGCCUGCAGUGGUGUCUAGGCUGGUCUCAACCUCCUGGGCUGAAGCUCUCCUUGCCUCAGCCUGUGAGCAGCUGGGACUCUAGGUCAGUGCCACCGUACAUAACUCUUGAAAUUCAGUUUCAGAUGCAAUGAACAAAUUGCACUUAAAAGUGAAGGAGUAUGUUCUAGUGUUGUGAUUCUACUUGAGAGUUUAGAAGUGUCAUGUUGAUAGUUAGUUGUGUUCAUUACUGGCUUGUAAAGCAAUAAAACUGUUUUUGGUCUCUUUGUAAA